UUCCUCUAUCCCCGUUGUUUUUGUUUAUUUAGAUUAAACAUAAAACUGAGAUUUAGUGAAAUUUUUACGAAAGAUAAAUAUAAAAAUAGGGAGAAUGCCAUUAGAUACAUUUCAAGUGCCAGAGGAUACACGUUACAUCGGGUAUCAGCAAUUUGUUUACAAAUUCAAGAUUGUAUUUUCUUCAAGCAUCACCCAGUCUAUGGUGCCUCAAAUACAGCAGGACCUUGAGCUCGCAAUUGAACACAUCGUUCAUGAGUUGCCAAAGUUUAAAGCUCACAGAAUACGAAGCAUAACAAGCAACAAUGUGUAUAUUAAAUGGAAAAUUCGUUUAUGGGUACCAGAUAUAACUUUCACAAAUGAUGAAGGCAACAAACUCGAGCCGUACAAACAUUCGUACACUUUGUCUAUUUUCCUGAACGAUGAUCGGCCUGCAAGAAAUGAAAAGCAGCCAGUGGUAUAUGCUGGUGAUGAUUCAAUGCAGUUAGAUUUAUCUGAUGAUAAUUCUCAUAAAAGAGUCUUGAUUCCAGCCGAAAUAAUGAUAUCUGGGGGAACCCCAUCGAUCUCAAUAUCUCGAGUUGAUUUUGAAAACAGUCUCAACUUAAAAAGACCCUGCACAAGCUAUGCAAAUUUCCAGGCCGAUGCAAUCAGACAUUCCACUCCACACCAUGAAGUUGUGAAAUCUAAGCGAAGAAAAUUAAGCUCACCUGUAGAUAAAGACCUCACCCUUGAUGCAAGUAACCGGAGCAAUAAGAGGGAAAAACACAAAUCAGAAAAACUACAAACAGGAAGUUCUGGCCAAAUACAGCGUGGAAAUUUAAAACAGACUAGGAAGAGAAAUAAGAAGUCAACACCUGCUCCCGAACCCACUGCAGUUAAUACAGAUGACAAUUCUGCCACACCAGAAAACCAGAGUGGAUGUAUUAUUCUGUAACAUUAUUUUCACCUAAAACUUCAGUUAAAACUAUUGCACACAUUUCAUGCAUGGGAAUCUUCAGGGCUUUUGUAACACCAUGGUCUGUAUUGUAUAUGAAUCAAACUUUUGUUAUUUACCGUUCAGUUUUCUAUUCUUAGUUUUAUUCAAAUGAUACAAAUAUUUUAUUUUAAAAACUUUUUCAUUAAAAAAUGGAAAACACAGA